GACUCUGGGGCGGCUAGAGCGACUCGGCGGCAGGGGUGGGGGAACCCGAAGUCCGCGCGCGGAGGCUUCAGUUUCGGCGGCUGCAGUGACUUCUUUUCCAACCCAAGCAGAGCCUUGGAGAUGGAAGACGUCGCCCGAGGGGUGGCUCCAGGGCCCCCGCGGCCUGGCCUGGUGCCCGUCAGCAUCAUCGGGGCUGAGGAUGAGGAUUUCGAGAAUGAGCUGGAGGCUAGCUCAGAGGAGCAAAACAGCCAGUUCCAGAGCCUGGAGCAGGUGAAGAGGCGCCCGGCCCACCUCAUGGCUUUCCUGCAGCAUGUGGCCCUGCAGUUUGAGCCAGGACCUCUGCUCUGCUGCCUGCAUGCCGACAUGCUGGGCUCCCUGGGCCCCAAGGAGACCAAGAAGGCCUUCCUCGACUUCUGCCACAGCUUCUUGGAUAAGACCGCGGUCCUACGGGUGCCAGCCCCUUCCAGCGUCACCUUUGAACUUGACCGCACACGGCCUGACCUCCUCUCUGAGGAUGUCCAGCGGCGGUUCAUGCAGGAGGUGGUGCAGAACCAGCAGGCAACCGUGAGCAGGCAGCUGGAGGACUUCCGCUCCAAGCGGCUCAUGGGCAUGACGCCCUGGGAGCAGGAGCUAGCCCAGCUGGAGGCCUGGGUUGGGCGCGACCGAGCCAGCUACGAGGCCCGUGAGCGGCAUGUGGCCGAGCGACUGCUGACCCACCUGGAGGAGAUGCAGCACACCAUCUCUAACGACGAAGAGAAGAGUGCUGCUGUGGUGACUGCCAUCAGCCUGUACAUGCGCCACCUUGGGGUGCGGACCAAGAGCGGGGACAAGAAGUCAGGGAGGAACUUCUUCCGGAAAAAGAUGAUGGGGAACAAGCGGUCAGAUGAGCCUCCUAAGACCAAGAAAGGACUGAGCAGUAUCCUGGAUGCUGCUCGCUGGAACCGGGGAGAGCCCCAGGCUCCAGAUUUUCGACACCUCAAAAGCGAGGUUGAUGCUGAAAAGCUAGGUCCUACAGACCGGAAGGGAGCCCUGGGAAUGCCUUCUCGGGACCGGAAUGUUGGGACUUCUGGACAGGACACCCCUGGAGUCCCUCUGCAACUUUUGUCCGGAGACAGCCCAGACCGGGAACCAGGCGUGGAUUCCCCCCUGGACCUGGGGGACCCACCCCCACAGGGCACAGUGAAUUUGGAGCCCCCGGCGCCCCCAGAGAGCACAGAGGAGGGUGCUGAGACGGAGAGAAGGUGGAAGAGGCUGUCAGGGCGUCUGGGGCGCUCAGAGAGCCUGCGGGUGAGCGACCGCCGCCGGCCUUCCCGGGGCAGCCUCGGGGCUAAGGGCCGGGGUGGGGGCCGCUCCCGGAGCGACGUGGACAUGGACCCCAGCUCCGCCACGGCCGUGCUUGGCCCUGCCCGACGAGCCACCCCUGAGCCUGGAGAUGAAGGGGAGCCAGGGCGGUCAGGACUAGAGCUGGAACCAGAAGAGCCUCCCGGCUGGCGGGAGCUUGUCCCCCCGGACAUCCUCCUCAACCUGCCCAAAAGCCAGGUGAAGCGGCAGGAGGUCAUCAGCGAGCUCCUGGUGACAGAGGCAGCCCAUGUGCGCAUGCUGCGGGUGUUGCAUGACCUCUUCUACCAGCCCAUGGCCGAUGGGGGCUUCUUCCCGCUGGAGGAACUGCAGAACAUCUUCCCCAGCCUGGAUGAGCUCAUCGAGGUGCACUCCCUGUUCCUCGAUCGCCUCAUGAAACGGAGACAGGAAAGUGGCUACCUCAUUGAAGAGAUUGGAGACGUGCUGUUGGCCAGGUUUGAUGGUGCCGAGGGCUCCUGGUUCCAGAAAAUCUCCUCCCGCUUCUGCAGCCGCCAGUCAUUUGCUUUAGAGCAGCUCAAGGCCAAACAGCGCAAGGAGCCCCGAUUCUGUACCUUCGUGCAGGAUGCUGAGAGCCGCCCACGGUGCCGCCGCCUGCAACUGAAGGACAUGAUCCCCACCGAGAUGCAGCGGCUGACUAAGUACCCGCUGCUCCUGCAGAGCAUCGAGCAGAACACAGAAGAGCCUACGGAACGGGAGAAAGUGGAGCUGGCAGCCGAGUGCUGCCGGGAGAUUCUGCACCAUGUCAACCAAGCCGUGCGUGACAUGGAGGACUUGCUGAGGCUCAAAGAUUACCAGCGCCGCCUGGACUUGUCCCACCUGCGGCAGAGCAGCGACCCCAUGCUGAGCGAGUUCAAGAACCUGGACAUCACCAAGAAGAAGCUGGUGCACGAGGGUCCAUUGACGUGGCGGGUGACCAAGGACAAAGCUGUGGAGGUCCACGUGCUGCUGCUGGACGACCUACUACUACUGCUCCAGCGCCAGGAUGAGAGGCUGCUGCUCAAGUCACACAGCCGGACGCUCACGCCCACGCCUGAUGGCAAGACCAUGCUGCGGCCUGUGCUGCGGCUCACCUCCGCCAUGACCCGCGAGGUGGCCACCGAUCACAAAGCCUUCUACGUCAUUUUUACCUGGGACCAAGAGGCCCAAAUAUAUGAGCUGGUGGCACAGACUGUGUCAGAGCGGAAGAACUGGUGUGCCCUCAUUACUGAGACUGCUGGAUCCCUGAAGGUCCCCGCCCCUGCCUCCCGCCCUAAACCCCGACCCAGCCCAAGCAGCACCCGGGAACCCCUGCUCAGCAGCUCUGAGAAUGGCAACUGCAGCCGAGAGAUGCCUCCAGCUGACGCCCGGACUGAGAAAAUCCUCAGUGACCUCCUGCCCUUCUGCCGACCAGGCCCUGAGGGCCAGCUUGCUGCCACAGCCCUUCAGAAAGUGCUGUCCCUGAAGCAGCUCCUGUUUCCUGUGGAGGAAGACAACAACGGGGCUGGGCCUCCUCGAAACGGGGAUGAGGUGCCAGGUGGCAGCCCUCUGGGCCCAGCGCAGACCCAGGAAAUUCAAGAGAACCUGCUCAGCCUGGAAGAGGCCAUAAAGCAGCUAGAGGAAUUGGAGGAGGAACUGUGCCGCCUGCGACCUCUCCUGUCUCAGCUCGGGGGGAAUGCUGUCCCCCAGCCUGGCUGCACCUGAGGCCCCUGCCCAGGCAGGCCUUUCGCAAGAAGGAGAGAAUGGGGGAGAGGACUGAGGGGCCCACCCCACAGCUGCUGCAGCGUCUCACACCCCAAGGGCCUGAGGAGAGGGAGCGGGCUGCCAGCCAUGCCUGGGAGGGGCCGGCUGGGGUCCCUGUCUCCCCACCGGCCUCAGCCUUCUCUCCCUCCUGCCUUGUCGGGGGACUCAGGGCUUCAUUCUGGGGGCACCACCAUGACCCCCACCACUUCCCAGGCCAUCUCAGUAUUGCCUGUGGGGGCUGACCCCCCCAUUCCCCACCCCUAAGUGCCUUUGCUCUGUUUUUAUAUCCUGAAUUGGAGGUUUAUUUUUUAAUAUAUAUUAUCUAAGGAGACAA